AUGCAGCUUCUCUUCCUCUCUCUCCUCGCCGCCGUCACCGCGCCGACCGCUCUGACCGACCUGGUCCGACUUCAACAGCGACGUCGGCAGCCCUUCCCUGACCGAGAUUGCCAAGAUUAUCUGCCGGGACCUCACACAGUCGUCCUACAUCCCGCACCAGCAGAGAUCCGGCUGCCUCUCGGGCUCGAGCAAGACUACCGCGAUGCCACGAUCGACUUUGACACCUGCGUCAGCUUUGUGCAGAUCGAGAUGCACGGCUGCGACCAUGGCAGCGACCAGGUGCUCAACAACCGCUUCAACUUCUAUCUCGAUCCCAACAAUGGAAAGGACUGGUAUGUCGUAUCACAGAAUGUUUCAAAACUUUCCAUUCAUGCUGACGACCUGCGAGAGCUGAGCUUGCCCUCUCAUGAGCUUAUCUUGAAAGCACCAGUCGGAGCGGCAGGAUCUCUUGCUUCGCGCACUUGGAAGGGUCCGGAAGGGUCUCCCCCUAAGCCUGACCCUAGUCAUGUUGCAACUGGGCUUGUCUACAGGCUACGGGGACAACCAGCUCCAUUAAUUGUUUGA